GACAGAUAACGCUCUAUAUGGUGCGUUUCAUGUGGACCUUUACUCUUCAUGGCUUGUCAUUCUAAUCUCUUUACCAAUUUUUCAAUCCCGCCCUCCCACUAUAUAAGUUCCUCUCCUCAAUUCUCCAAACAAAAAUUUCUUUAUUCAGAAUGAAUUUAAUGGAUUUCCUAUUCAAUCCAAUCUCUUUCACUGCAAUAAUUUCCUUUGUGAUCUUAUCUGUGAUUAAAUUUCAUGCCAGAAGGUCACCUAAAAAUCGAAAAAAAUACCAUCCUGUUGCCGGCAUCAGUAUUCACCAACUGAUUAACUUCCAUAGGCUGCACGAUUUCAUGACUGAGCUUUCAAGCAAACACACAACCUACAGGUUGCUUGACCUAAACAGAGCUUUGGUUUACACUGCAGACCCUGCUAAUGUUGAACACUUCCUCAAAACAAACUUUGAAAACUAUGGCAAGGGUUGGUUCCACUAUAAUAUUCUAGCUGAUCUUCUGGGUGAUGGAAUCUUCACGGUGGAUGGAGAAAAGUGGCGACACCAGAGGAAAGAAUCAAGCUAUGAAUUUUCCACCAAGAUACUGAAAAACUUUAGCAGUGUAGUCUUUAAAACCAAUGCAGUUAAACUUUCUCGGAUAUUGUCUGAAGCUGUAUCCUCAAAUAAAACCAUAGAGAUCCAAGAUUUGUUUAUGAAAUCAACCUUAGACUCAGUAUUUAAGAUCGUCCUUGGUGUAGAACUGGACAGCAUGUGUGGAACAUAUGAAGAAGGGAUUCGAUUCUCUAAUGCUUUUGAUGAAGCCAGUGCAAUUACCUCGUAUCGGUAUGUUGACAUUUUCUGGAAGAUCAAGCGGUUCCUGAACAUUGGAUCAGAAGCAGUGCUUAGAAAUAAUAUGAAGGUGAUUGAUGAAUUUGUAUACAAAGUAAUCACAAGCAAGAUUGAACAAGUCAAUAAUCCACUAGUUGAUUUGCCUAUGAAGAAAGGAGACAUUUUGUCAAGGUUUCUGGAAUUGAGGAAGACGGAUCCCAAGUACUUAAAGGACAUAAUCCUUAGUUUCAUGAUAGCUGGUAAGGACACAACAGCUAGUACUCUCUCAUGGUUCAUUUACUUGCUCUGCAAGCAUCCUCAUAUACAGGAAAAGAUUGCACUAGAAGUGAGAGAAUCAACAAACUUGAAAGAUAAUUCAAGCAUUGAUGAACUUGCAAACAGCAUAACAGAAGAAGCUCUUGACAGGAUGCAGUAUCUCCAUGCAGCUUUGACUGAGACACUCAGGCUCUAUCCUGUAGUUCCAGUGGAUGGGAAGAUCUGCUUUUCAGAUGAUACUUGGCCAGAUGGUUACAGUGUCAGGAAAGGUGAUGCAGUGGCAUACUAUCCAUAUGCCAUGGGCAGGAUGAAAUUCUUAUGGGGUGAUGAUGCAGAAGAAUUCCGGCCAGAAAGAUGGCUCGACGAAAAUCGCCAUUUCCAGUAAGAAAGCCCUUUUAAAUUUACGGCUUUCCAGGCGGGUCCAAGAAUUUGUCUGGGAAAGGAAUUUGCUUACAGGCAGAUGAAGAUAUUCAGUGCUGUCCUUUUGGGCAGCUACAUAUUCAAGCUUAGUGAUGAAAACAAGUCAAUCACUUACAGGACGAUGCUCACUUUACAAAUUGAUGGAGGCCUCCAUAUACUUGCUUCCUCAAGAUUGGGUCAUGUAAUUUCAUAGUUUUGGUUAAUUCCAUAAAGCCAGCUAGCUCCUUCAAUUGUUCAGAUAGAAGAUGGGAAUACAAACAAGACGACGUUUAAAUAAUCAGCAUAACUUUAUAUGGAGUUCAUACCUUUUAUUUUUAGAAUUA